CCCUCAGUCGGAGGAGGAGUCGGGGCCCAGAGGAGGAGUCCAGACCUGGAGCAGGAGCGGCGGCGAAGGCGGCGUCGGGAGGUCAGAGGAUCGCGCUGCCUGCGAGAGCGGGGCCGUCUCGAAGGGUCAACUACACCUGACAGUCACUGGAAUGCUACUCCAGGCCUUAGAAGAAAGUGAAACUAAUUUUAAAGGCCCCUUAUCCCUUCUGUUACCUGCCUGCUGAAGUGAAACUAGAUCUCCCUACUCCUUUGUCCUGAACUGAUUUGACUAUCCCAGCUCAAACACGUGUAGGGAGCACCUGCAUCCCAGCUGUGUUGGAAACCCUCCUGAGCCAGAGCCAUGGGUCAGGAAUCUAGCAAGCCUCUUUGGCCCAAACCAGCAGGAGGGUAUCAGUCUAAUACAGGCAGGAGGUAUGGAAGAAGGCAUGCUUAUGUCAGUUUCAGGCCAUCCAUGAGCCAGCAGGAAAGGAUUUCCAGCCAGAGAAGGACCACAUCUGAAGUCCCAAUGCACAGACCAGUCUCCAGCCAAACGAAGAGGAGCCGAUCGCCAUUUACCACCACACGUCGUGAUUGGGAUGACAGUGAGCCCUCAGGAGCCAGCCUGAAUGUUGAGAAUGAGGACUAUUCCAGGUAUCCUCCAAGAGAAUUCAGAUCCUCUGGGAGUCGAAGAGGAAUGGCUUAUGGACAUGUUGACACUUUUGGGGCAGAGGAUAGUGAGGAGGAGGGGGCUGGGCCUGGUGACCGACUGCCAGUGAGAGGGAAAACUGGCAAGUUUAAGGAUGAGAAGCCGUAUGAUCCAGAGAAGGGGGCAAGAUCUCUGACGGGGGUGCCACCCCGCUUCUCUAAUUUUAACCGUGAUGUGAGAGGGGAGCGUAGCAAGGCAGUGUCACGUCCUGCUGCCAGGUACUCUGCUGGCAGAGCUGAGUUCUUGAAGCAAAAUCGUGUGACCUCGCAGAUGUCUUCUGCUGAAGGCAGGGCUGCUCCAAAACGUGCCGGCUUGGAGAGGGAGAGAAGGGGGCAGAAUGUACCAGUACAUCCCAGCAGGGCUCCUGUGAGUGUGCGUGGCGGUAGGGAAAACACUCCAAAGAGUGCAGAGGAACCAGUGGUGAGGCCAAAAGUCCGGAAUUUGGCAACUGCAAAUUGUAUGAAGCCAAAAAUAUUCUUUGAUACCGAUGAUGAUGACGAUGUACCACAUAGUACUUCCAGGUGGAGAGAUGCAGCUGGUGCCAACGAGCUCCAUGUGAAUCGCCAUGCAAGAAGAGGCCGAGGCGAGAGUUCCAGUAGCUACUCUGAGCCGAAGUAUCGUGAAGACAAGAGAGAGAGAAGGAAGGACCAGGUGAAGCCAGAAAAAGUGCCAAGACGGCGACGGGUCAUGGUCAACCCCGACUACUGGACCUACCCUGAUGACUACUACAGGUCCUAUGAUGAAGAGUCUGACAGCGACAAAGAGUGGAUCACUACUCUCCGCCGCAAGUACCGAAACCGGGAGCAACCCCAGCCCUCCAGUGUGGGAAACUGGGAAGCCCUGCCAGAAAACGAGGAGGAACAGGAGCCUCAGCAAGCUAGAGGGAGUGUGAGUACAGCCGGGGCCACGGCUGUGGCCAGGGCAGGGGCCAGUGCUGGUGCCAGCAGUGGCAACACCAGCAGCAGCGGCAGCGGCCAUCUCGAAGAAGUUCAAGAAGCAUCUCAGGAAGAGGGGCUGGCCUCUCUGGAAGAAGGAGAAAUUACUUGGCUCCAGUACAAUGAGAAUGAGAGCAGCAGUGAGGGGGAUAAUGAGUCCAGUCAUGGGCUGAUGCAGCCUGGAAUAUUCCUGCUGGACCGAAACAACAAUCUUGAAGAUGACUCGAGCGUGGGCGAAGACCUCGAAGUGGAUUGGAGCCUGUUUGAUGGAUUUGCAGAUGGCUUGGGAGUGGCCGAAGCCAUCUCCUACGUGGAUCCUCAGUUCCUCACCUACAUGGCCCUUGAAGAGCGCCUGGCCCAGGCUAUGGAGACUGCCCUUGCACACUUGGAGUCCCUUGCUGUGGAUGUCGAGGUAGCUAAUCCACCGGCAAGCAAGGAGAGCAUUGAUGCUCUUCCUGAGAUCCUGGUCACAGAAGAUCAUGGUGCAGUGGGCCAGGAAAUGUGCUGUCCUAUCUGCUGCAGUGAAUAUAUGAAGGGGGAAGUGGCGACUGAGCUGCCAUGCCACCACUAUUUCCACAAGCCAUGCGUGUCCAUCUGGCUGCAGAAGUCUGGCACCUGCCCAGUGUGCCGCUGCAUGUUCCCUCCCCCACUCUAAAGGCCAAGGCUCUUUGCUCUGGCCAGAGUCUGGCUAUUUCCCUAUUCAAAAUCCACAAUUCUCCAGGAUCCCUCUUUCAAAAUUAAUGGCAAUGAAACCAAUUGGUGUCAAUUAGACAAAACCUGUUGAUUCCUUGUGAUUAUUUCUGAUGUGAAAACAGUUGUGUAUAAUUGCAUUUAAAAAUCAUCCUGUCUUUUUAGAAGUUAGAAAGGAAAAACUAAACUUUGUAAAUGCUACUUGAGAUUGCAGUAAGAAUAUACAUUUUCUAACCCGAAAGUUGAAACAAUUCACAUAUUUGUUCAAUAGACUAUGUUGAUCUCCAUUGUAACGUCAAGUUUAUCCGUUAAAUAUGUUGAAAAGACAGAAAUCACUUUUGUUGCAUGUUAAUGGGUUAUAUGUUCUUGUAUUUGCAGUGCUGUUGAAAGUUUAUUAAAGUUCUUUUGGUUUGCCACAGUAAAA